GUUUUGUUGUGACUUGAGCGUUCUUGGACAAUCGCUACAGACAAGUAGCCUUGAAAUAUUUCAAGAAAACUCUUGGAUUGAACCCUAAGGAUGUAAGGAAAUCAUUGAAAACAAUAGAAAAAGAAAAUCCCUGAAAUAUGGUAACGGUACGAAGCCCUCGAGUACAAGAACUGAAACAGCUACGAGGAGUUCACGCACCGACGUCUUCGGCCGAAUUUCGCGUGAUUACUUUGAAAGAUCCGGUCUUUGACCCUGAAUGGAUGUUUCAUCAUCCUCGAUUUCAGAGAGAAACAAAAAAGUCUGAAAAACUGCCUCAAAUUGAACCAGGGUUAUUAAAAUACACCAAGGAGAUUUUCAGCCGAGUUCCUAGCUCGCGUGGAUAUUCGCGUAAUAGAAUUCAGUGCGAGCGAAGGGAUCACGAUCGACGCCCGAACUCAACCUGCCGGCAUUUCUGCGAGUUGCUGGGUCCAAAUCUGUGCAAAGAUUGUUGGAAGCUUUGUCAAAGAUCUGAGGCAGUGAGGGAAUACCGCGACAUCCAGAUGAGCUACUUAGAACGAGACAAAGAUUCUUUUAGUCAAAUAAUUGCCUCUCGUUUGAGGAAAGCUGAAUACAGUGACAGCGAAGACGAGGUUUUUCAUGAGAGCGAAGACGAAGAGUUUAUUUUCAAAAAGCCAGCCUCUUAUUCUAGAAAACAAAGCUUAAUCAGUAGUCCUCCUCACGACAGUGGUUAUUCAAGCCGGAUGAGUUACAUUCGAAGCCUCAGUAGGACUCCCUCGAGCGACUUUUGUCCUCGCGUACGGUCAUCUAAGCCAUCCACGCGCGAAAGUGGAGUUGUUUCUGAUGAACAUACAAAAGAUAUUUCUAUAAUAAAUAGUAAAUUACCUACAGAUGAGGCAUCAACGCCAAUUUGGAAAAACGCUUAUUUAGCAAGGCUUCGCGAGAGAAAACCUUAUAAAGAUGUAUGGGAAAGCCUUUAUUAUCCGAGGAAGUUGAGACACGCUUGGAGGAAACUGCCUGUAGAGCCUGUUGUCAUGGAUUUAAAGCUGAUUAACUUUACUAUUUACGAUAGUUCACCUCUCAACGAAAGGGUCGUCACAAAUACUGCGUGAGUUGUGGGAAUAAAGGAAAAGAGAUUUAUCGCUUGAAAGAAUAGCGCGUCUCAGUUUUCUUUCGCUGACAAGAGAGCCUCACCUUACAUUGUGUGGCUCAAAAAUAGUCUACGUUUUUUAAAAGUGAAGAGUAAAUCAAGUGAUAUCUAAUAGCUAUUUUUCAUCAUAUAGAUUAUCGUAAUAUAUGGUCAAUUAAUAAAGUCAAAAAUUUUUAAAUCGUUUUGGUCACAAUGUAAGAAGUUUGACAAAAUGUUUUAUUUGAGAUAACAUGAACAAGAUUUUACCCUUCCGGCUGCUUUCGAAGGUUGAGUGGCGAUUAAGACGAGUUCUGGGACUGAUAUGGUCUUAAUGGCCCUUCAUAAAUCUGCUGCGUCAACGGAUACUCCCGAGAUCAGGAGGACAUCACAUGAUCAUUAAACUGAACGCAUGACUACUGGCAGAGAUUCAGUUUUUGAGCACUGUUUUUUUUCAGAAAAAUGUGAAAAUCAGAGAGCCAGUUGUGCUAGAAAAAGAGAAUGGGAAAAUAAUUGAGUACGGAGUUAAGCUGAACACCG